AUAUCGAAGAAAGUCUUGAACUUUAUUUUAGAAUCUUAAAUUUGUUAAAAAUUUAUACAUAGUUUCAAACAAAAUAUCAAGAUAUCAAAAACACUCAAUCUUUUAAUUAUUCUUGGAAUACUGUUUUAUGUCUUAAAACAAUUUGAUUAAGUUAUAGCUCAACGUGAUUUCAGAGUGUUUCUUACACGUAAUCCUGGCUCUAAAAAUUUUGUUGUUUUUUUGAAAUAUUCUUUCUAGCGCGUAUGUGAUUACAUUGAUUGAAAAACAAAAAUUUGAAUUAAAAUUAUGACAAAAAUUAAAAUCACAAAAAAAUUAGUCUACAUAUAUAGUAAACUUGGAUAGAUCCUGAGAAUCGUGAGUAGUGAUUGUCGUCUUGCUGACGAUACGAUGAUUACUAAGAUUAACAAUGAACUGUGGGAUCUUGACAGACCUUUAGAACGUGAUUGCAAGUUGGAAUUACUCUAAUUUGACAGCCCUGAUGGUCAACAAGUCUUUUGGCACUCCAGUGCUCACAUACUGAGCGAAGCAAUGGAACGUGUCUACGGAGGUUGUCUCUGCAUCUUGGAGAUAAGAAAAUUUCAACCCUGAACUUCCCUUUUCUUGAAUCUUUGUAGAAGGACAUUGUAAAGGAAAAGGCAACCAUUUGAGCGUCUGGAAAUGACUAAAGAAGAUUUUUUGAAGAUGUUUGAGUACAACGAGUUCAAAGUGAGAAUACUGAAAGAAAAAGUUCAGACUCCAACUACUACAGUCUACAGAUGUGGGCCGUUGAUUGAUUUAUUUCGUGGUCCUCAUCAGACACACGGGUAUGCUCGGGGCAUUGUCCCCAGGUGCUAUGCAUCCAGCAUUCGCGAUUCAAAUGGAUUCCCUGGUAGACCAAUGCUAACGCCGAUGAUGCAUCCACGUUUCAGAUGAUCACCUCAAGCUAACGGGCCUAAUCUAUCAC